UUGAAUGCUUAGUAUCGACAGCGAGGUUGAGUACCAACAAUACCACUUUAAUAAUUCGUGGACGUCUCAAUCAGAAUGGCGUCGGUUCAUGCCACUACCUCGUCGAUACUCUCGUCAUUUCUUCCACGAUUGGCACCUGCAACAGCCACUUUCGCAACGAGAUCAACCACUUUAUAUUCACGACAAUUAUCCCACCCACUACUCCCAGUACUUACCAUCCCAUCUGCGAUACACCUCAAUAUCCCCGGAUUCUUGGAAGGAUUAUGGGAGGGAAUAUUGAAGGCCGUGCCCAAGAAGAAGACUUCGCAUAUGAAGAAGAGACAUAGGCAAAUGGCAGGCAAAGGAUUACAAGAUGUUACAAACUUGAAUAGAUGUUCUGCUUGUGGUCACAUCAAGAGAGCACAUUUAUUAUGUCCUUAUUGUGUUGCUGGUAAGGGCUUUCUAAACGGAAUAUCACAGGUGCCCGGUUAACGGUGAUAUAGAAAUUAAGACUUUAUUCAAGACUAAUGCACAUGAGGAGAGAUUUGCCGAAAAGCAAGCCAGAGCAGAUGAGAUUGCUGAACAGAAAAUAAGGAUAGAAGCAGGCAAAGUAAGGGCUGCAGAGGAGCAGGCAAAGAAAGAAGCUGAAUUGGUGAAGCUGGAAACCAAGCGGGCGGAGAAGAAGGCAGCUAAGGAUGCUGCAAGAAAGAUAUAUGAGGAGAAGAAUCCUAAGCAAGUUAUCGGCCAGAGGAAAAUUGAUUAACUGAAGAUUAGUGUUGAGGAGAGAAGGGCGGAAUAGGAUUAGUGAGGGGAGGCUUGUGGAUUUCAGAAGAUGGUCAUGAUCAUGUAUGGCAUCAGUAAAGGCUUUUGGGAUAUGGGGGAAGAGAUCCUGAUUGUGAGGUAUAUUUCCUCAGAAGUGGUAUCAAUGAUAGAACUGUACAAUCAAAAUAACAAUAUUCU